AUGUUUCAAACAGAAGCUCUUAUUGAUACAUCAAUUUUGCCAUCUGAUAUCAUGUCAUUACGUGACGUUAAAUUUUUUUAUUUUGUUCGAAAAGAAGCUGGUGAUGCUGCUGUUGAUCUUUUUGAAAUUCAAAUAACUGCAGAUAAUCAACAAUCUUUUACAUGUUCAGAUACUGUACCAGAUCAAGAAUCAUCAUCAAAUGCGAUAUUACUUAAUUCUACAUCUACCUCUAUAACAACCGAUGAUCAUGAAAGUGUUGAACAACCUUCGCCAUUAUUAAAAAGUAAAAGUAGAGCGAACAGAAAGCUUCAUUCAGUAGAAUCAUCUUAUAAUACGAAAGAAGUUGUAAAAAGAACGAGAAGACAAUAA